CUGCGAGCGGGCGCGGCCCCGGAGGCGAUCCUGGAGAACAACCUUUCCCUGUCGCUGCUGCCCGCUCCCGCCGGGCUGGACCCGGGGAGCUGCGUCGCGGAGCAAAACUCCCCCAAGGGGCUGAGCUCUCCGGCCUGGUGCCUGCAGCCGGAGCCGGCCUCCGGCCUGGCGGGCAGAGGCCAGGUGUCCUGGAAUAAGUGCGGCCCGGGAGGAGACUGGCUGCCCGGCGGCAGGCAGAAGGUCUGCGAGCAGAUGGGGUCCGACGUCCGGGACCUGAACGCGCUGCUGCCCUCCGUGCCCUCCCUACCGGGCAACAGCAACUGCGCCAUGCCGGUGAGCAGCGCUGCGCAGUGGGCUCCCGUCCUGGACUUCCCCCCGGGGGCCUCCUACGGCUCGCUGGGGCCGCACUCCUUCAUCAAGCAGGAACCCAGCUGGAACGGGUCGGACCCGCACGAGGAGCAGUAUCUGAGCGCUUUCACCGUCCACUUCUCCGGGCAGUUCACGGGCACGGCCGGGGCCUGCCGCUACGGGCCCUUCGGCGCCCCGCCGCCCAGCCAGCCGCCCUCCAGCCAGGCC